UUGAGGUCAUCGUUAAAUAUAUGAGAUACCCACUUCUUUUCCUUGUCUUUAGUUAAUCUGCAGCUAAGUUUUUUCAACUCUGUAAAACUCUCGCAAAAAUUAAAAGGAAGACGGACGAGAAGAGAAACCCUAACAUGGCACAAGCUGAACAAACCAAGAAUGAUUCUCCAUUACAUCAGUAUGAAAAUUUUGUUGAGAUAGAGAAAGAGAAGACUCUUGCGUUGAUAAAUGCAUGGGAAGAGAACGAGAAGGCCAAAGCUCAAACCAAAGCGUACAAAGAACUUUGCUCCAUUGAGACAUGGGAAAACAACGUGAAGACAUCUCUAGAGUUAGACUUGAAGAAAAUGGAGGAAAAUUUAGAAGUGGAGAAAGAUGAAUAUUCAAAAAUAUUCAAGAAAAAAAUACCAGAAAUUGAAAAAAUUGCAGAAGCGAAAAGAGAAAAAAUUGAGAAACAAAAAGAGCAAAAAUCUAUCAACCUGAAAAAAAUGAGUGAGAAGUUAAGUGCAACUCCAAACGCUUAUCCACCCAAAACCAAAACCUGUGGAUGUCUCUAGAACAUGUCUUAUGAAUCAAUUACCGGCCCAUUAAAUCAUCUAUUAGACUUUGCUCGUGGGUCGUGGCUAAAGGGGGAAUAUAUAUUCAACGAAUAAAGGGAAAUCUAUGUACGACGCUUUCAAGCAUCGAUGUAUCGUUCAUGUGUAUAUAAUAUGGUUUUACCUAUGGCAAUUGCUAUUGAAUCUAUGAUUCUAUGAAUCAUGCAGUCA